CAGUGUAGUCCUAGAUCGAUGUUUCGAUCCUAUCUGUAGAUCAGUCCCUCCUGCUACACCUCGAAAACCUAUGCGCGUUACCCUAAUGCAGAGGAGGAUAUCAUGAAUUUUAUAUAUCUUAGAUCUGUCAAACCGUGUUGACACUUCCAGAACCAGGAAGGUUAUAUUUCAGUCCCGCAUGUUAUUUAUCGGUCUUCCUCUGCGGAAACGCUAUCCCAGACGUCUUAGGCACAAUCACCCCGUUGAACAAUACCACCAUGCAAUCGACCGUGUUGCCGCCCCUUGGGUCGCCACUACCGUUUCCGAACUCAUCAGACGUGGCCAUCUUGAAGUACGUCGGAUCCGUGUCUGGCCACGACGGAGUCUUCUGUGGACUCGAGCUCUGUGGUGCUUUGGCUGCCAGAGGGAAAAACAAUGGCUCCGUCAACGGCAUGGCAUACUUCCAAGUGGACACCCCGAACAGUGGAUUGUUUGUCCCGCUGCGAAAAGUUAUUGGAUGGCUGGGCACUAGUAACGUGAAUGGAAACGGCUUCUCCAGCUCAAACAUAUUUUCUCCUCCAAAUGCACAACAGCAACAGCAGCAGCAAUAUGGGUCACCGGCAGCGACAUUGUCCUCUCUUGGUAACGGGAAUCCGGCAGUCGGCGAAAACAGCAACGAACUUCGUCGACAUAUCAGCGUUCUUGAAAAGCGUCUCGUCCAGCGUGAAAACGACUUGAGGGAGCUGGACGUGCAGCUAGACGAGCUUGAUGCCACUCUCCGCACCAACGAUGCACGUCUUGCACGCAAGGAAGAGCGAUUCAAUAGGUACAAGAACGACAAGGAGGACGAGAUCAAACUACUUGUCGGAACAAUCGAAGCAUUGGAAAAAAAAGUAGGCGAUGCAGAAGAGACGUAUGCUGUCAAACUCAGACAGCUAGAACAGCAGAAGCUGGGCUCUCCGGGCAGUAACACUACGGCGCUUGAAGAAAAGAUCAAGACGCUCGAGCAAGAGUUGAGCGUGCAGAAAGAGAUGCAUGCGUCGUUCAAAAUCUCCAAAACGAUGGAAAUCAACGAGUUGCGCAAAGCGGAGAUGGAGGCCUACAAGUUGAACGAAGAGCUUGAAAGACUUCGAGAGGAAAGUGUAGACGUUGUUGAGGCAGAAAACCUGAAGCGGCAGAACGAACAGCUUGUACAAGAGCUAGAAAGCAAGAGAAUAGACAUCGAACUGCGAGAUACCAAGAUCAAGAGUCUCGAGGAGCUCUUGAAAUCAUCACGGGGGGAGAACGACGUUCUGCGGAACCGGAUGCAGUCUUACGAACGUGGAGUCGGCAGCAGCAGUGGUAGCGGUGUCGGAGUUGUCUCACAGCAGGGGCCCAACGCCCCCUCUUCUGCCACUACAAUGAGCAACCAAAACUUGCUUGACGAGAACGGAGGCUUGAAGGUCUUUGUCCCGGAGGAAAAAAUCGAUCCGUCUGCUGGUAGGGAGGAUUUCUGCUCCUUUUGCGACAGGGAGGGACACAGCACCGACGACUGUCCCUACGAGAAAGACAACAUCGAAAUGUUCUGAAAUAUAUAGUUUCUUUCUAUAUUCACACUGAUAUAUAAAUAUAUAUAUAGCAUACAUGACUGGGAUAUUGCUUAUGUACACG